UUGCAGAAUAGCUAACUUUCCGGUGUAUGCUGUUCCAUCGAAACUUACUAGCAGUGGUGAAGAAUUUGUUUGCGUGACGUAAGAAAAAUAGAACACGGGACAUAGCGCAGAGCGCAGAAUUAGUUACAAUAGCAAACUGUACGAAUUAGGGCUUCGUUGAAAAGGCGAAAAAUUGCGGCAGGCCGCUAAAUAUGGCGGAUGGUAGACGAGAUCCUCCACCGUAUGGGCGGGAUCGAGUGCGCGGUGCGAUCGGUUCACACUCACCGUACGAUGCUGGUUCCGGUCGUGGUGGUGGUCAUCCAUCCACCCGAGGAGGUUAUCCACCCCAAGGGGCAACAUAUCAUACGCAAGAGCGGCGCCCGGCAUGGCGUAAUCCAUCGCCCGGUCCACCAGAUGGACCACCGCUACCGAGCACUUCGGCUGCCGUGUCAACGCCGGCAUUCAGUACAAACGUGCACGAACCACCGCCUCAACCGGCAGCAGCAGCACCAAGUACUAGUGGUUUGCCAUUGAAUCGCCUAAAUCGUCCAAGCGGCCGAGGACGUCGUCCGCUAGCAGAUACACUGCGUACCCGUGGUCCGGAUGCACCGUCGAAGCAUGGUACCACUGGACAACCGCUGGUAUUGCAAUCGAACUAUUUUAAGCUGUUGAAACGGGUCGACUGGACACUUUACCACUAUCAGGUAGAGUUUGUACCCAACUGUCCAAGUCCCCGCCUGACACAAUCGCUCGUCAACGAGCACAAAAAGCUUCUGGGCGGGUUCGUCUUUGACGGUAUACAACUCUUUACCGCCUGCAAGCUGUCGAGCGAUGAGCUUGUGUUGCACUCGCAGCACGACCGUACCGGCGAUAAGUACGAGCUACACAUUCAACGUGUCGCCGUCGUAGACAUGACGGACGAAACUGGUCUGCAGGUGCUGAAUUUGAUUUUGCGCCGAGCAAUGAAUGGGUUAAAUUUGCAGCUGGUUGGUCGCAAUCUGUACGAUGCUGCUGCCAAGAUACCGAUCCGCGAGUACCACAUCGAACUGUGGCCCGGCUAUAUGACUAGCAUCCGGCAGCACGAAAACGAAGUGCUGGUUUGUUGCGAAAUUGCUCACAAAACGAUGCGCAUGCAGACCUGUUACGAUAUUUUGCGCGAAUGUCAGCGGCAUGAUCGGAAUUUUAAGGACGCUUUUAGGCGGGCCGUACUCGGAUGUGUGGUGCUAACUGGCUAUAACAACAAAACGUACACGAUUCAUGAUGUAACAUUUGAAACGACACCGGAGAGCACAUUCGAUACGAAAAAUGGCAAGAUUUCAUUCUUGGAUUAUUACAAAAACAAGUAUAACCUGCGCAUUCGCGACGCUUAUCAACCGAUGUUGCUUUCGCGUGCGAAAAAGAAGGACACACGAUCGGGCGAUAGCGAACUGAUGGCUCUCGUACCGGAACUUUGCCAAAUGACUGGACUAACGGAUUCAAUGCGUUCGGAUUUCAAGAUGAUGCGAGCGAUGGCUGACCAUACGCGUUUAAAUCCGGAUCGACGUAUUGAGCGGUUGGAAACAUUCAAUCGACGCCUGCAAACUUCACCCGAAAGCCAGGAGGUAUUGAAAGUUUGGCAGAUGGAACUCGACCGUCGUCUCGUCGAGUUGCCGGGACGGUUGCUUCCACAAGAGAUGAUAUUCUUUUCCACUACCUCCAAUGGUGUACAGGCCGGUGAAAAUGCCGACUGGACAGCACACUUCCGCGACAAUCCCAUGUUUGCAACGGUUCGGUUGAGCCGCUGGUAUUUGGUUGUGCCUGGACGGUGCCAGCGUGAGGCAGGCGAUUUCCUGAACUGCAUGAUAACGGCGGCCCGUGGCAUGCGGUUCGAAAUCAGUAACUGCGAGAUGGUCCCGAUGCCGGACGAUAAUCCGAACACGUACAUACGCACGCUGGACGCGAUCAUCAACAAAGACCCGCAGAUGAUCAUGUGCGUGGUGUCGAACAACAAAUCCGACCGGUACACUGCCAUAAAGAAGAAGUGUUGCGUUGAUCGUGCAAUACCGACGCAAGUGAUGGUACAGAAGACGAUCACGCCAAAGAGUGGCAAUGUGCGCACGCUAAUGUCCGUGGCGACAAAGGUAGUCAUACAGAUGAACUGCAAGCUGGGAGGUGUACCGUGGAAGGUGAAGAUUCCGCUGAACGGUUUGAUGACGAUCGGGUUCGAUGUGUGUCACGAUUCGAAGGAUAAGAGCAAAUCGUUCGGUGCGAUGGUGGCGACGCUCGAUCACGAUAACCGUGGUACGCCGAAGUUCUUCUCCACCGUAAGCCACCAUUCGAAUGGGGAGGAAAUUUCCAAUUACUUGCCGUUAAACACGGUCAAGGCGCUGAACGAGUAUCGGCGCGAGUUCGGUGAGCUACCGAAGCGUAUUAUCUUCUACCGCGAUGGUGUUAGCGAUGGGCAGCUGCAGUACAUCUACGAUCAUGAGGUGCGCUCACUGGUAGAGAAGUUGGGCCAAAUCUAUAAAUCGGCCGGCGUCGAACAGGACGUUCUGCUGACGUUCUUCAUCGUUAACAAGCGCAUCAAUACUCGGUUCUUUGACCAUCGGCUUAAUCCACGUCCUGGUACGGUGGUGGAUAAUGUCGUAACGCUUCCACAACGUACCGAUUUCUACCUCGUGUCACAGUCGGUUAAACAGGGUACCGUUUCGCCAACUGCGUACAACGUCAUCUACGACACAUCCGGGUUGAAGAUAGACCAUCUGCAAAUGCUGUCGUACAAACAGUGCCACCUGUACUAUAAUUGGUCCGGUACGACCCGCGUACCGGCCGUGUGCCAGUACGCACACAAGCUAUCUUUCCUAGUAGGCCAAUACCUGCACCAGUCGCCUUGCAACAUGCUAGAAAAGAAAUUAUACUUCCUGUAGCGAACGAGCGCGCGCGUUUUAGUCCAGCUACGUCUGUGCUGCCGAAAAUGUUUGUCACCUAACGAAUGGUUGCAAUGUUUAUUUUCAAUUCUUCACUUUCCCAACACGCGGUUUUUAAUUUUCUCAUCAAGAUUUUUUGCUCCUUUUAAUACCUAUUUUUCAUAUUCGGUGAAAUAUCGAACCAUACAAUAAACAAAGAAAGAAAAGGUGGAAAUUGUGCUUAGUGUUAGUAAAUGCAUAUUGCUUAUUUUUCAUAUUACAAAAAGCUAUCGGUUUUGCAAUGGAACUAUUAUUUUUAAAGAAUUUAUAUGCGUAGCACAUGUACAGAAGAAAUGUUGUAAGACAGUUCGAUUAAAAUAAAUGUCGAAUGAUUUGGACAGAUAGUUUAGAAUUAGUUAGUUUGUUCGCAAAGGCAAAGGAUAUUUGACACACAUUCGCGCAAAAAAAAAAAAAAACAAGAAAUACUCCUAAGAAAGAGAUGAUUUAUUGAAUUACAAUAUUUUUAUUUCGCUUUGAAUUGAUUUCUUAUCUUUAUUCUGUUUUUUUUUAUGUUCACUUCUCUAUCGUUCAACAAAUUGGUUAGUUGGCGCCUAAAAUACGGUGUGUGAUGUAUAAUUUCCUAAAUUGUUGCAAACUUUUUCUUUCUAAAUGUGCUACCGCCGGUGCACAGAUAUAGGCCAACUCUAUAUUAUUACCAUUAGUAGAAGCAACUCUUUAUAUCAGGUGUGUAGACGAUGGUGCGCGGGUGCAUAUAACGUCUCCCGAUUAACGAACACUGUAAAACAAAACUUUGAACAAUGAAAAAACCCUGCAGGAAACGGAAAACAAUUUUUUUUGGUGUCUCUUUGCUCUAUCUCAUCUUA